GAUUCCUGCCAGAAGCAGGCAAACAACCCCAAAUCGCGGCGAACUAUAUCAUUUGCAAAUAGCAGUAUCCAAUAGCGACAGUACCGCAUCAAUCCAAUCCCUAAACGCGCGUCGGCUCCAGCUCAUCCGACGCUCUCUUUCGGGCCCGGGUUACUAUGGACUGCCCCCAGCGCCGCCUGGCGGUGCUUGCCGGCCACUUUGGCGCGAGCAGCCUCGCCGGUCGCUCCGGCGCGGAGCCCCGGUCGCUGAGCGCGUCGCCGUGUGCGGGCGUUGCAACAACCGGCGCCCAGCUGCUGCAGGGCCAGGUCGCGAUCAUUACAGGCGCGGGCAAGGGCAUCGGCGAGGCCGCUGCCAAACUGAUGGCGGCGCACGGGGCGGCGGUGGUGUGCGCAGACCUGGACGAGCAGGCGGCCCAGGUGGUUGUGGACGCCAUCCAGGAGGCGGGCGGCCGGGCCGUCGCGCUGGCCGGCGACGUCACGGCGCCGGGCUUUGCGGAGCGCGCCGUGGCGGAGGCGCUGCGGGCGUUCGGCGACCUCACCAUCCUGGUCAACAACGCGGGCUACACGUGGGACGGGGUGGUGCACAAGAUGAGCGCCGAGCAGUGGGCGGCCAUGCUGGACGUGCACUGCACCGCGCCCUUCCGGCUCAUUCAGGCGGCGGCGCCAGCCAUGCGGGACGCAGGCAAGGCCGAGGCGGAGCGCAGCGGGCGGCCCAAGCCCAGGUGCAUCAUCAACAUCAGCUCCACCAGCGGCACCCACGGCAACGCCGGCCAGGCCAACUACGCAACAGCCAAGGCGGGUGUGGUGGGGCUGACCAAGGCAGUGGCCAAGGAGUGGGGGCCCUUCGGCGUGCGCUGCAACGCGCUGGCCUUUGGGCUCAUCGACACGCGCCUCACGCGGUCCAAGGAGGGCGGCGAGAGCAUCCAGGUGGGCGGCAAGGAGGUAAAGCUGGGCAUUCCCUCGGCUGACAACUACUGGGCGGCCAUCAAGGGUCAGAUCCCGCUGCGGCGGGUGGGCAGUGCGGAGGAGGCGGCGGGCACCAUCCUGGCGCUGGCGGCGCCGGCACUGAGCAGCUACGUCACGGGUCAGGUGCUGGAGGUGAACGGCGGCUCAUUCAUGUGAUGGCUGGUGUGAUGAGUGAUGAUGACUGUGAUGGGGAGGACGGGGGAGGCAGGGGAGGCGGAGGUAGCAGCUGGUUGCAGGCGGGUGGCAAGCGGCAGGCCAGUAGCAGGUGGUAUGGGCAAUUGCCGGUAGCACGCAGGAGAGGAGGUGUUAGGUGCAGAGCUGCAGCAAGUAGGUACCAUGUUGUAUAAAUGUCUGUCAGUGAUGCCGUGGACAGUGCUGCCGUGGUAAGGUUUGGGCGUGGUGUUGAGCGCGUGCAGAUAAUGCACAGGUGCAUGUGACCUGUGCAGCGCAGUUUAUGGGAAUCGCUCCUGUUACCUACCAUUUACGCCUAUGUAAUUAUACGAAGGGCGAGGGUCGGGUACUUUGGCGUCUUUGCUUUUUGACGUUCAGUACAUGGGACCUGCGCAUGACAUGAAGACCGUGUCAUGCCCACGGCAGUCGGCCAAUGCCCUCGCCUGGUGUUUAACUUGAUUCACACA